GCUCGCGCCCGCGCGUGCACGCAAGUGCGUGCAUGGAAUCGUAGCUCAGCACGGGCUGAUCUGAUUAAGGGAGCCGAGGAAGGAAUAAAUAUUCGCCAGCCUCCUCACUGCUCAGUUAUAACCAAUCAAUUGCAGAAAGGAGAGGGAGACAGCAGCCUGGGCACAAGGUGUGCGGGUCCCCAAUCUGUGCAUACUCCGGGAUAGACAUAUGCGCGUGUGCAUGCACGCACCAGAGGGGCUGCUGCUCUUAUUGUCUGCCUCCCUCUGCAGAGAACAAGGGCAGCGGCGAGGGGCCUGCACCCUGGGCUAGCGUCGCGGCCCCAAGCAGGUCACGGGAGGCAAUUUCGCGGGUGGGGGAGGGCGGGGGAGACCUUGAUUUCCACCAAUCCCGGGGCGCGUGUCUGCGGAGUCCAGGGCGCAGCAGAAGGCUGCGGCGCACCGCUGAAUGAACUGAUGAGAGAGAGUUCUAGGUUUGCCCGUGAGGGGCGCGGAGUGAGGGUCCUGGCGGGCGCGGCCGAGGCGCCGGGGGUGGGGUAGCGGUCCCGGGCCAUCGUGGAAAUUUCCAAGGACUUGGUGUGGCGCGGAGAGCGCAUCUGGGGGGUGCCGGGCACCGCGGCGGCGCAGGAGGCGGGGAAAGGGCGGUGCAGGGCGCAGGAGCAUCUCUUUCUGGAAGGGACACAACCCAUCAGACGUCCGGGAGCCAGCCGCGCCUCUUCCAGGACCCCAGCCGAGGGCGACGGUGAUGCUGCAGUAAGGGCGGGAGCCACCGGCCCCACUGCUCUUAGACUCCUUCAUCGCCCGCUGCCUGCAGGGAAAGAGACUAAGGCUUGUGAUUUGCCCGGAGGCCACUUCCUUUAGCAAGACAUCCCAGUAAAAGUUGCAUUGGCGAAGAUCCUUGUAGCUGACCUCUGGGGCCGUGGCGUGGGGGUUCCCCAGCCGUGCGUUUGCGAGCUGGAAAGCCAAAGGUGUGUGUGCAUGGGGGGCCGGCCACUGGAGCAUCCUUCACUGCCACUUUGUCCAGCGUUGUGCUGAGGGUACACUGACCCUGGGACAUCGAGGCUGCGAUGAGCCCCUGCGGGCGGGCCCUACAUACGUCCAGAGGGGCCAUGGCCAUGCUAGCUCGGAAAUUCCCGCGUACCCGGCUACCCGUAGGAGCCAGUGCCCUCUGUGUGGUGGUCCUCUGUUGGCUCUACAUCUUCCCUGUCUACCGGCUGCCCAACGAGAAGGAGAUUGUGCAAGGGGUGCUGGCACAGCGGACGGCUUGGAGGACGAACCAGACGUCAGCCAGUCUCUUCAGGAGACAAAUGGAAGACUGCUGUGACCCUGCCCAUCUCUUUGCUAUGACUAAGAUGAACUCCCCCAUGGGGAAGAGCCUGUGGUACGAUGGGGAGCUCUUAUACUCGUUCACCAUCGAUAAUUCCACGUACUCCCUCUUCCCCCAGGCAACCCCCUUCCAGCUGCCAUUGAAGAAAUGUGCGGUGGUGGGAAACGGUGGGAUUCUGAAGAUGAGUGGCUGUGGCCGUCAAAUAGAUGAAGCAAAUUUUGUCAUGCGGUGCAACCUGCCUCCCUUGUCAAGUGAGUACACCAGAGAUGUCGGUUCCAAAACUCAGUUGGUGACAGCUAACCCCAGCAUAAUUCGCCAGAGGCAGAGCAACAAAGCCAUGGGAUCCACACACCUCUGUCUCCGCAAGGUUGGCUGGCCUUACAGGUCCCCACUCCUGGCUCUCACGUAGUGCUGAGACUCAGUUCCUUCUGCUUGGAAACAAGAACUUCACGCGUGAUCCGUUUCCCGAAUUUCUUAGCAAACAUAUUAUAAACAUACUUUUCAAAUUUAUACUCUGACUUUUAAGGAAAGUAACUUGGUCCUGAAAAGAUCAAAGCAGUUUCUUUCUAAAGUUUAUGACUUGUGUCUUAGAUGGUGUUCCUGAAACUUCUAUCCCUUCGGCUGACUUCCUUUUUCUCUUCUCCAAACUCAGGGCAGUGUUUCAGUGCUAGCACCAAGGGUCGGCCGUUCAGUUUGAUGUCUGUAGUGUAGCAGGGAAUUAGAAAGCGAAACCUAAAACUAGAACAGAACCUAGAGUAGAGAUGAGAAAGAAGUAGCCCAGGAGGCUAUGAGAGCACGGUGCUUAUGUGAGAGGCAAUGUUCCACAGUGGUGAAUAGCAGAGGUGUCAGGAGCUGGGUAUAUAGCUCAGUGAUAGAGUAUUUGCCUCCCACAUACGAAGCCUUGGGUUCAAUCCCUGGUACCACCAGUAAAGCCAAACUAAAUCCUCCACAACUUUCAGCCUUAAACAGACCUGUUCCUGAGCUUGAAACUUCUGUACUCACUCUCUUUGUAGCCUGGGUUAUUUAACCUUCUUUCUGUCAAUUGAGAAUAAAAUUAUUCAUCUCACGACUAUUGAGAAACUGAGAUGCGGUAACCGAGUUCAUGAAGCUUUGCUGAUUGGUGACCCAGAUUGCUCCUCCAGGUGAUCUCCUGUCCUAAUACAUUCUGGUCUUGGGUUAAACAUACUUUAAAAUGCAUUAUUAAACCCAUAAGAAAGUCCAAAGGGGAGGUAACCCAAUCACAGAAGAACUCACAUGAUAUGUACUCACUGAUAAGUGGAUAUUAGCCCAGAAACUUAGAAUACCCAAGAUACAGUUUGCAAAACACAAGAAACUCAAGAAGAAUGAAGACCAAAGUAUGGACACUUCGCCCCUUCUUAGAAUUGGGAACAAAACACUCAUGGAAGGAGUUACAGAGACAAAGUUUGGAGCUGAGACGAAAGGAUGGACCAUCUAGAGACUGCCGCACCCGGGGAUCCAUCCCAUAAUCAGCCUCCAAACGCAGACACCAUUGCAUACACCAGCAAGAUUUUGCUGAAAGGACCCUGAUAUAGCUGUCUCUUGUGAGGCUAUGCCAGUGCCUGGCAAACACAGAAGUGGAUGCUCAGAGUCAGCUAUUGGAUGGAACACAGGACCCCCAAUGGAGGAGCUAGAGAAAGUACCCAAGAGCGGAAGGGGUCUGCAACCCUAUAGGUGGAACAACAAUAUGAACUAAUCAGUACCCCCAGAACUCAUGUUUCUAGCUGCAUAUGUAGCAGAAGAUAGCCUAGUUGGCCAUCAUUGGGAAGAGAGGCCCCUUGGUCUUGCAAACUUUAUAUGCCCCAGUACAGGGGAAUGCCAGGGCCAAGAAGUGGGAGUGGGUGGGUAGGGGAGCGGGGGUCGGGGGAGGGUAUGGGGGACUUUCAGGAUAGCAUAUGAAAUGUAAAUGAAGAAAAUACCUAAUAAAAAAUUGAAAAAAAAAAGUCCAAAGGGCAUCUACUUGCUUCUCCUCAUCUUCCCAAAUCCAAACACACAGAACAGAAAGGAGGUCCUAAGACUUGUAAAGGCCGCACACCGAAACUUCCAGCAAGAGCCCAGGCCCUUGGCACGCCAUGCUGUGUGUGCCCCAUGUGAACUGGAUGAGUGGCUUCGUGUGAUUGACAAUCAGGAGCAGCCCUCAGUGUCCAGUCAGAUGAUAACAUAAAUUCAUCCAGAGGAACUCUCUCAGAGUUCUCAUGCAUCAUGUUCAAACAAAUGUGCUCUCAUAGUCAAGCACUACAAAAACAUGCUAGUCUGAGGCAAAAGGCAAACAAACAAACAAACAAACAAACAAAUCACAGGUAUAAAUGCCUAUGUAGAAAGACUUUCUAAAAUUGUCAGGUAUGCUAAGUUACAAAUAUGAAAUCAUUGCAGCAAAAAAAAAAAAAAAAAAAAAACAAAAAACAAAAAAACUAAGCCAAUAAAGAGUAAAAUAGCCAAAUGAAUGUGCUAAACAGAUCUUUUAGAAACAUAUGGAAUAACUGAUGAAGUAGACUGAAAUCAGAUUAGACACAAUUGAAGAGAGAAUUAGUGAACUGGAAGGAAAAGAAAGAAUUUUCCAGAUGUUAGAUUAAACCUUAGAGUAUAGCUGUAGGAAUCUACAGUAUUAGAUGUGUUAUAAUUAAUGAAUAGCGUCAACUGUAAUAGAAAUGCAUACAUAUUUUUUUGCAUAUAUAAUCUUAAAGCAAAGCAAAAACCAUCCUGAGCAUUGGACUGACCAUCAUGGUCUGUGAGGACGCAUCCUGAUCUGUUAAUGGAAGCAUUUGUGACCGAUAAGGGAUGUGCUUUCAGAGGAAAGUGAGUAGUAGAUUUGAGGUUGACUCCCAGGUCACUCAGUGGCUUCUCUCCUCUCCAUCACUGGACUUUUUCUUUCUCUUUUUUGGAAAGUGGUUGGAAAGCUUACAGCUAAGGCUUUAUAGCGGGUCACAGCUGAGCCAUGACUAGGAGAGAGAUGAUUUCAAGACAUAAAAGGUGAACUUGCUUUUGAAUUAGUCUUCUUGAGGAUCAUAAAACGCCUAAAAGAGGCAACCUAAGGUAGAAAGGAUUCGUUGUUGGUGUUGUUCAUGAUUUGAGAAGUACAGUCAAUCAUGGUAAAAAAAAGCACGGUCGUAAGAAAGAUGCCAUCAUGGUGCUGAGAUGGUGAGGUGGCUCAUAGUGGUGAGGUGGUAAGAUGGUAGGUAGCCUGGUGGUGAGGUGGCUGCAUGGUGCUGAGGUGUGGCAUGUUAUUGUGGCAGCAGGAACCCAUUACAGCUGACACAGCUGAGCUGGGGCAACUGGUGACUUUGUGUGUGCACAUCAGGAUGCAGAGAGCUAGGGUUGGAGAUGGGCUUUCUCAUAUCUCUCAAAGCCUGUCCCAAACCUACUUCCUUAGUGAGAGCUCCCAAAGAUGUGACAGCUUCUUCAGACACCAUCCCUGGCUGAGGACCAAGUAUAAAAACACAAGCCUGUGGGGAGACAUUUCACAUUCAAGCUGUAAGCACUACUUAACAGGAAAGAUUUACUCAGGACUUUCCAUCCCAUGUUCUGAUGAUUCUGACAGUGUGGUAGUUUGAAUGUGGUGUCCUGAUAGUCUCAGGCAUGAGUUUAAAUAUUUGGUCCAAAAUUGGUAUUGCUGUUUGGAGAAGCUUAGGAGGUGUCGCCAUGUUGGAGGAGGUAGGCCAUUGGAGAAAGGUUUUGAGGGUUUGAUGACUAAUGCUAUGUAUCUCUUUACUUCCUUCUUGUGGUUCAAGAUGUACGCUCUCAGCAACCAGCUACAGCUACCACGCCCCCACUCUGCCACCAUAGAUGCUUUUCUCCUGGAAUGCCAAAUAAGCUUUCUUCUGUAAGUUGUGUGGUCUUGAUUUAUCCCAGCAAUAGAAAAGUGGCUGUUAUAAACAGUAACAAAAUACAUGGAAGGGUGAGGAAUACACAUUUGAUAAACACUAAUGAACCGAAAGUGUGAGUGGGCCAAUCUACAAUCAAGCCACAGCGUAGCUACCACAACACCAUGAGCCAGCGGCAAAGAGACCGCAGGCCUCCCUGGGUUUCUACAGAGAGGCUUUUUAUUAAAAUGUCAUUGACAGGACCUCCUAUUUCCAUUUGGCUUGGAGCUAAGCUAUUUAUUGCAGAAGCACUCUACCACCAAACACUUGCGUGUGGAGGUAGCUUCUGGCUAGAUGCUCUCCAUAUCCAGCCUGGGUGAUCUACAGUGAUCACUUCUGUCUAAGAUAAAUUGUCACAACUCUCUAUCAGUAUCUCUGCUCUUUUUGCUGUUCAUCUUUUUACACCGAUAUUUUUCUGAGUCACUGUCCCUGCCAAGCCAGUUCCCACUGCUUCCCUCCAUGCCCGGGUAGGUGGCCUCUGCUCUCCUUACAAGCCACCACAUGGAGCCCGUGAGCCACAUUCCCAGCUUGGUCCCCAUCUUAGCAUAAUUUCUGCUCUCCUUGUUCCUACCACCUCUCCCUAGCUACGCCCAACAGCCCAAGAGAGAGUAUCAGAAGCUCCUCUGUGUGCCACUAAGAACGCAUAGGCCAUCUUAGAUCCCUUCUCCUAUUGGCUCACACCGCAAUAGAUAGAGGGGAGGUGCCUAGGUUCUUUAUGGCCUUUUGCUUCCAUGGGGUGUGUGUGGGGGUGUGUGUGUGUGUGGGUGGGGGGGGAGGUCCAGUGGAACUUUCUAAAGUGCCUGAGCUGACCUCUUCAGAUCCAUGUUGUCCCAACACAUAGAUCAUUUUAGAGGACUGCACCACAUCUUUUCCUCAUUCCUCUCCUCUUGGCUAAUAGUAUCCAUUUCUGUUUCAUGGAAGGAACUUGUAGCCCAACUGACUGGCAGUCAGAGUGCUUCUUUAUACAGAACCCAGCCAACAGGGAUAGAUCUAUAAGAUUCUGGCAAGUCUUAGCUUACCGGGGACCUCCUGAGUGAACAAUGCAGAGGAAUCGAUGCAAAAAGCAAGAGGAAUUUAUUGUUCCAGCAUGUUGGGGUGGCCCUGCACAUGGUGAGAGAGAAUGACCACGGGCAGCCUGUUGGGCGAGCCUUUAUAGAGUUCUCCAGGCAGCAGCCAUUAGGCACAAUGUGAUUGGCAGAACAGUGUGACCUUUAAACUGAUUGAUCUAUAGGGAAUAAGGUGGGUGGCCAACAAUCGCAGAAUGUGUCUACCCCUACCUUGUAGGUGGCUGGUGGGGUACCCGCCUCCCUGUGGUCUGAGGAGUACAACUAGCCCCUCCCUUCCAGAGGGGAGGUGCCUAGGUUCUUUAUGGCCUUUUGCUUCCAUGGGGUGUGUGUGUGGGGUGUGUGUGUGUGUGGGGGGGUGUCCAGUGGAACUUUCUAAAGUCCCUGAGCUUUUGUCCCAACACAUAGAUCAUGUAAUUUUUGUCCCGGACAUGAGCUUUAACUUAUUUUUGGUCAUAAGUUUAGUCAUCAUUGAUAGACCAUGACAGAACAGAGUUAUCUUUUAUAAUUCUUUCCCCUCACCAACCCCAGAACCCAACUUUUAAGAAUCUUGUGGUUUCAAGGACAGUAGACAGAAAGAAAAUCUCCAAGCCAGCCUGGGCAGAUUGUCAUGUCCUGAGAAAUAUAUUAUUAACUCUUAAUGGUCAAAGUGCAGCUUGUCAUUAGUUCCAAGAAAAAUCUUCAGGCCAAAACUGCUGUAGUUAUUAUUCAAUGUCUGCCAUGUUACAAUGUUUAUACCUUUGUAGAAUUUAUUUAUAUGUCUAAUCUUGGUAUUCUUUGAUCCUUGGUCAUAGGACACCACAGUAGGCCUGCAUGAGCUAGCCUUUCUAAGAAGGGAAGGUAUUAAUACUUCAGUCUUUUAUCAUUUAUCCAUAGCAUUCUUUGUCUAUAGGUAUGAGCCCCAGUGUAGGGCAGAGAUAACUCUGGCCAACCUAACUUCAUCACUGUAUGUUUUACUCAAGGGGAAUACUAUAUACGGGCCCCAAUCUUAUAUGCCCGAGUGCACAGCAAGAAGAGGUGUUAUGCCCAUCUUCUGCCAACUUCUCUAGCUGGCUGAAUCUUGUUUACCUUUUAAACUUUAUUUUGUUCGGAUUAUCUUGUUACUGAGUAAGCACAGGGGCAAAUGUUCCAAAAGUAUCUUGGAGUCAGGGCCUCAUAAGGAGAUCUCUGGCGUCUUUAUUUGAGUCACAACCUCCAAGGAAGACCUUCAAAGAGGGCCAGAAAAGGCUAUCCCCUUAAAUGUGAGAGGGGCUGUAUGCUCAGGAAUUUUCUGGGGAAGCUUAGAAGGAGUAGUCCUGAGAGAAGGCAUAAAUGAUUUGUAAUAAAUUUCCCUUCAAUCCGAUAUCUCCAAGUUGUACAAAUAUUAAAAGCUCCCCCUCUCCACCCCCACCCCGCCCCCCCCCCCAGCAUACAACACCUGGCAAUCAAGACCCAAAGUGGAAGACAGCAGGACGGUGGGUGAUGGCUCAGCUCAGCUUUGCUGGAUCAGUGUUAAGCAGCUGUGCUGGCUUGAUGACUUUCGCUGCUGCCAUUAGAUACGGCUGUACCACUCACCUUUGGUACAAGUUCUCAGAUCUUAGCCAGAUGCUCAGAUAACAUCAGUGGUAACAGGAAGUGGCCUUUUCUAGGAAUGGACCCAUUCCUUGAAACAUACACACAUCUUAUUCUCUAGUGCAAGACUUAUCAUUCCAAAACCUUCUUUCUUUGGUGCCCUACAGAUUAAUUGAGCUCUUAACCUGAACGGGGGUGGGGUGGGGGCUUCUGAACUCCAGGAGCCUGAAUCAUCUUUUUCUUGGGAAAGUUUAUUUAUUUAUUUUAUUGUUGUUCUGUUUUGCUUUGUAUUGUUUGAACACAUAUUCUCCAAGCAUUUCCUCAGGAAGAGUAACAGAAAGCAAAGGUUUUGAGAGCCUGUGUGUGUGCCAUUGACAACAGUAUCCUUUUAUAUCCCAUGGAUGCUCUUGUUAGGAUUUACUUCUAAACAUGCCUUUCAGAAGAUUUUGUUUUUAAUUAUGUACCUCCCAUGUGUGCAUGUGUGUCUUGCACAUGCACUUAAGUGCAAUGCCCUUGAUGGCCAGAAGAGGGCAUAACAUCCCUAGAGCUGAAAUUUGUGCUACCUACCAUGGGUGUGCGUAACUGAACUCUGGUCUUCUGUAAGGUCCACAAAUGCCCUUAUCCUUCAUGCCGUCUUUCUAGCCCCAGAAUUUUAUCCUAACUUGGAAAUCCUUUCAGCUUGUUGAGGAAAUUCAUCCAGCAUUUUCUAGGGUCAGCUUUCAGGGAAACCAAUGACACUCUGUGUUCUGAUCUCCUUAUAUAUGACCCGAACUUAUAUUGUACUCUGCAUUCCAACCUGGUUCCCUUCUGUCUUGCUCAGGUUGGCCUCAAACUUGUGGCAAUUCUCCUGGCUCGGCUUCUGGACCCUCCCACCCAGUUCCUUUUCUCUGCAUGUUGAAAUUUCAUAAUUACUGUGUUUUGUGACUUCGCUCACCGUGUGGCACUCAGUGGGCCUUUCCAGUCUUCCAGUCCAUGUCUUCCACUUUGUCAGUGUCCAUCUUUUAGUAAUUUGGCAUUUUAGAAUCCACAGCAGCACACUCUAAACAUCAGACCCCGAGUGCUAGCACUAAGAAAAUUAGCCUGUCCGGGACCAUCUCAGUGGCCCAAGUUACAGUGCUGUACUCCUGUGAUUCAUGACACUGGGGGCUUUUUUUUUUUUUUAAGUUUGAUCUUAGUCUGGGCUACCUAGUAAAACCCUGUCCACCUUCUGACAUCCCUCCCCCCAUAAAACCAAACAAAACAACAAAACCCAAGACAAAACAGAGUAUUGUUGCAAAGAGAAGAAAAGCCAGAACACUGUAAAGUUGCUUUCCCCCAGCCCCACCCCCUCCACAAUAGCUAUCCUGUUGUUGUUCUCCCCUGGUAAUGCCCCUGUUUUGGAUGUUCCUCUCCUUGAGGUGAUAAUGAGGCCUCAGAUAAGCUAGUCCUUAUGGACACAUGUAUGUAGUUAAUGAGGGUUCAUGUUUUAUUCUACUCUGUGUUUUUGUAUUUUAACCAGAGCUACCAGUAGAGAGUUUAGUGUUUUCACAAAAGCAGAGGAUUCUUUAUGCAGAGAAAAUACAGAUACCUUGACUUUGUCGGGGUUGGGGCUGGGGGCCGAGGGCUGGGAAGGUAUUUUAGGCAGAAGAUUGGAGAGGAAUCUUUAGUGGUCUUUGCCUCACAGCACUUUGACAGCUCCAUCUUCCCAGGACGGAAGAUGCUAAGAUUAACAAUGGCACUUGGGAACUAAUGGGAAACAGAUCAGACUAUUCUGUGCUUCCAAGUGCCACAGAGGGCAGAAGCCAGAGCGUCUCCUGCUGCCCUCAGACCGGAGGCUCUUACAGGCUUCCCCCCCCCCACUUUUCUUUUUCCCUUGGGCUAGUUGCAUCUCGUGCCAUAAAUUCUGUGAAAGAAGGAGGCUUGUAUCUCAAAUAUGCGUUGGAUAAUAACCUGUGCUUGGUAUUGCUAGACAACCCAAGACCAUGGAGUCUUGUUAGAUGACAAUGUUUUCUGAGGAGAGAGCAUUUCUGCUGUGUAAGACUUUCUGGCUAUUAUUAAAUAAAUAUUUGGCGGUAGAGGCUCCACAAUUUGGAAGGUAGAAAUCAGCAGCUGUCCGUGUUUAUAAUUCAGAUUCUAUGUUUGUGUUCUUGAAAUCAGUUUUCCCCAGAGGACCACCAUACUCGUCUGUCUGCUGGGCUUCUGCUGUGGAUUUCUCCCUCUCUCUGUUGCCUUCACGGUGAUGUUCUCCGGUGUUGCUUUUGAGGCUCUCUCUCUUUCUCCCUUUCUCUCUCUACUUAUUGUCUGGCAAGCUUAAUUUUGAAUAUCAACUUGAUCAGACCACGCUAUGCUUGGCACUGGGAAGGCAUAGGUUUUGAGUGUGUCUGUGAGGGUCUGGGUUGUAUGUCAGAGAGAGGAAAUCAGCUCUACCUGGGGACCAUACCAUCUCCGUAUGGGAAGAAAGAGAAAGCCAGCUGUGGGUCUUCCCAGAUGUGAGCAAGCAGCCCCCUGCUGCCACCACUGGGGACAAUUCCCAUUGCUCUUUCUUCCUUAACGCGAUAAACUGUAUGUCUUCAAAUCCCAAGAUCAAGUAAAUCCUUCCUUCCCUAACUUCAUCCUGUUGAGGAUUUGAUCAUAGAGAGGCCACCUUCCCUUGAAGAAUUCACCCAGGCUCUUCAGCUUUGGCCAGAACCACCUCUAAUAUAGCUCUAUCCCAGACAUCAAGUGCCUUCAGUACUUCAGAUGGCCAUAUGUCUAGAUCCACUUAGAAGUCCUACAGAUGCUCCACGUUCAGUGUCCCACAAUGCACUAGUCAUUCUUCCCACCAACCCUCCUUGGAUCCAUGAUAUCUUCAGCCAUUCUUUAAUUAAAAUUUAUUCCUGGAGAAUUUCAUGCAUGUAUAUAAUGCAUCAAUCUCCCUCCCUCCCUCCACCUCCUCCCCAACACACUCCAUGUGAGUGCUACUCAUACUCACAUAGUGUAGGCCUAUCCACUAAAGAAAGCAUACACUUCCUCCCUUUGUGGCCAGCAACUGCCAAUAGCUGCUCAGCUAAGGGUGGGGCCCCAUGAGCCCUUUCCCCCUUCGUGCUGGAAUCUUGACUGACCUCCUGCAGCUCUGGUGCAGGCAACCACAGCUUCUAUGAGUUCUUGUGUGCGACAGCCCCCUCAUGCAACAUGCCUCCACCUCUGGCCCUUACCACCUGUCUGCCUGUCAACAUCGCUCAUCUAUCUGAUGAAUCUGCUCAUUAAAACCUCUGAGCAUGCACACAGCCACAAGCCUUAGCCUUCCAAAGGUAUUGGGUCAGCCCCUCCCCCAUCCCUUUAUUCUCUGUGACCAACUGAGUGUUUGACUUAGAGUGAGACUCCAUCAAGUACCAGGGUGCAGUUUAUGUGCAGUUCAGUGUUUUAAAUCACCAUAAAUCACCAUAAAUAAAUAGAUAAAAAAAAACCUUAGAAUCACCAUGUUCUGUACCAGAUUAUGGGGAAUUUCCAUCAGCUGCAGGGGGUGAGAGUGGGGGCUGGGCUGGGUUGGGAGUCACAAUCAUAAACCAAGGCAGUAUAAUUAGAAUAGCACAGCAAUCCCCCAGGGAAGAUGGAAAGCCAUGGUGACUCACAGAGAAACACAGAAGAGACUCAGAAAGUCAAGCGCCUUGCUCUCCUAGCUGGCCGGUCACACCUUUGCUGUAGCUCUUCUUUCUCUGUCCGCUUCACAAUGUUCAGACCAAGGUGCACAAGUGAGACAGCAGGGCCUUGAAGGCUGAGAGGAAAGAAGUCUCCAGGACAGUCUGAGGCGGGAGGGAAGAGGGCACACACACUUAGGGAUGAGGAGGUGGGGGGCCACUUGGUGGUUACUGCAUGGAGAAUUCAAAGUCCUCGGCUACAUAACUAUAACCAGGUUAGGUGGUGGAUUGCAGUGUGUGUGGGUGAGAGAGAGAGAGAGAGAGAGAGAGAGAGAGACCUUGUUUACACAAAUAUAUACCUACAAAGAAAUCAAGAGAAAGACCAAAUACAUGAAAGGAAAAGGGAAAGAAGAAAGGAAGAAAGAAAGAACAGAUAGGCAGAUGGACGGACAGACGGAUGGACAGAUGACCUCAGGGACCUUUUCUCUAUGAGUAAUUUGUAAGGGACCAAUGGUAGGAUGGAAUGGAAUGUAAGUUGUUGCUUCUUACAUUCCUUUAACUAGGAAAGUGCGCAAUGGCAGGAAUCUCCUGGGGUUUGGAUGUAACAUCGUCUUUUUUUUUCCCCCCUAAAGAUUUGAUUUAUUUUAUGUUAGUAUACUGUCAUUGUCUUCAGAGACACCAGAAGAGGGCAUGACAUCACAUUACAGAUGGUUGUUAUCCACCAUGUGGUUGGUGGGACUUGAACUUGGGACCUCUGGAAGAGCAUAACCUCUGAGCCAUCUCUCCAUCCCCAUAACAUUGUCUUUACUGUGGUUGUUACUCCCAUUUACUGCAUGACUUGAAAGUUGUUCUCUGACUUCCACAAGCGUCUUGUGGUACAUGUGCACAUGGAUACACACACACGCAGAUAAAUAAUACGCGUAAUUAAAUUGAUUAAUCAUCGUUGCUGGAAAAAUUUACAAAAUCUAAGUGCGUUCAAACAACAGAAGUGCAUACCUCCACAGUCCUGGAGACAGGCUCCAGCAGGGCUGUGUGCUCUUUGAGCUGUUUGGAGCUCUGGGAAGGAGCCUUCUCCACUUCAGGCUGCUUCUGUGGUUGGCCAGAAGUCAACCCUCAACCCUCCUCUUUCUGCCUCUGUGCUUCCAUGGCCUCCUUCCUGUGUUGGCGUCUCUAGAUUCUCCCUUAUAAGGGCAGUGGGCUGGGGACCACUCUAACCAUCCCCUCAUUUUGACCUUACUGUGACAGUCUAUAACGAGGUCAUUUGCAAGUUCAUAUCUUGAGGUCUAGAAUGUAUGUUAACUUUGGGUGGUGGAGGACAGAAAUUCAAUCCGGGUCAAGGGUGACACGCUCAUCAGAAAUAAGGAGCAACCUACAAAAAUAAAAUGUAUUCAUAUGUGUGCAUUUCCAUUCCUGAGAAUAGUACUUUUCGUUUGCAGAGAUGGCAGGAAAACUGAUUUAUACUUGACUCCAGAUUUUAAAAUUUGUUCUCAUCAGAAAAUCAUGAAAAGAAGGGAAAGUCACACCGUUUAGAAAACAAUAGUUGCCUUAUAGUUGCCUUAGCCAAAGAAAGGAUGGAUGACUCUUCUCUGUAGACACAGUAUGUAGACGUUCAUGGAAAGUGGGGAGGCCUUGGGAAAUGAUUGGAUGUGGAGAUGGGGGAGGUAAUUACAGACAACCGCUAAGGUUAGUAAGUAUUCAACUUCGUUAAUAAUUAAAUACUUUAGCAUCACAAUAGCACAUUCUCUAUUUUUAACUACCAGAGUAGCAAAAAUAAAGAGAGAAACUGUGGAUGUUCUCAGACUCUGUGCUGCUGGCCGAUGGGAGCAUUCAUUGGUGCAUUUUGUGGAGAAAAAGAAAAGAAUUAACAUGGAUUGAGAACCUUUACAGCGUUCCCACCCUUUUAGUAAAAACACCUCUAACAAAAUCAGUCAUAAAAGAACAAUCUGGAAAUGUGUAACGCUUAAAUGAUGAGAUGGCAAAAGGUACCUGGGAAUUGAAUGCUUCCUUCAGAGAUGUUAAAAACACUCCGGCUUCAGAUGCUGCAGGGUAACCCAGUGAAGUUAGUCUAUGGAUAAAGGCUCUGCUUAAGACCCUUGGGGCCAUGGGGUGGUCUAAUGAAGGGAAAUGGAGAGAACUCUGAAAGCCAUGCUGUAUUAUCUGCUGCAGUCACUAGUCAGUAGAGUGAGGAAACUAUCUUCCACAUCCAGGGGCCCCAACUCUCUCCUCAUUUACCUCAGUUCAGCAUUAAGUCACUCAAAAAUUCACGACUCAUUGACUGAGCCCAUAUCUCACUGACUUCACUCAUAUCCUAUUGACUGAACCUAGAUCUCAUUGACUGACCCUGCAUUCUAUAGACUGGACCCUCUUCCAACUGACUGAGCCCACAUCCCAUUGACAGGGUCUGUGUGUCAUUGAUUGAGCCCUCAUCACAUUGGCUGGACCUAUUGCCCACUGGCUAAGCCAAUAUCUCAUUGGCUGGCCAUGAAGUAAAGGUGGGAGUUCUGCUGUGGAUAUUGGAAAUCCGUUCUAUAUAUUUAUUGCACCUGUGAAUAUGGGAACCUAGUCCAUGUAUUUACUAGACCCUUAACAAUUCGAAUCUUAAAAUUAAAAAAAAAAAAGAAUCCAUCUUUAAAUAACUCUGAAAUACUUUUGACUUAAAGGUUUUUAUUUUUGUUAUUGUUUGUUUGUUUUUUUUUUUUGCCAGAGCUACAUAGUAAAACUUUAUCAAAAUAUAUUUGUAUAUGGUCUUAUUUUAAGAAUGUAGAAACAGAUAGCAAGUGCUCUUGAAAACUGUCCCAGGAUUCAAAACUGUUUUUAUUGCCUUUCUCCUGUUAGAGCCAAGGCAGCUUCUGUUUGCCAAACACUUGUGGUUUCCCCUUCUUCCCUUUCUGAGUUAUAGCUUUAAUCUUUUCUAAAAGAUCAUGAAUUAAUUUUAUGAUAAUCAUUUUUCAUCAAGACCAGCAAACAAUGUUAGUUCAAUAAAAACAGGAAUUAAUGAAGGCAAGCAGGAGAAGAGAAUAAAUAUGCAUGUGGCUUUGUUUUUGCUGUUUGGGGUGGGAAGAGAUAUUUUUAAAAGACUUGUUAACACCCACGCCACAUGUGGCUUUUCCGCUGCAGACAUAACUUGUGUGGCUAGUGGCAGGGUAGGCACAGGGGAAUAAGGAGCUAGUUUAGUUUGAAUUCAGACCUUGUGUUUGUCAAGUGAUACCUAUAUGGAUAUAUAUACAUACACAUUUAUACAUAUAUAUGUUAAAGUACAUGGUUACAUAGAAUCUUAUUUAAGGUUAGUAGGCAAAUAAAUUAAUUAUAUCCGUUGCAUUAGUUGGUUUCCUCAUUACUGUGGUUAAUUAAACACUCCGUAAGUAGCACCUUCUUGGAGAAAGGCGGAGUUUACUUGAGGUUUGAGGAUCUGUCUCCCAUUGUGACAGAGAUGACACACACAGUGGCAGGAACAGACCUCAGCUUUGGCCAUGGGAACCUGAGGCAGCUUAUUCACAUCCGAGCAACUCAAAAUCUGUGUAGACAGGCAGUGGGGCUGGGUGAUACACCAAGACCUGUCCCCUGAGACCUACUUCACCCAGUGAGACUCAGCUUCCUAAAGGUUCCCAAGGGUCCCCAAAUAGGGCCAUGGAACCAAACACAGAGGGGGCCUAUUUCACGUUCAAACCGCAUCAAGCAUGGAGGAAAAGAAAACAAUAGCGGUUAUUUAGAAAGUUCCACAGAUAGUGUGCAUCUGCCCUCUCCCCGACUGACCAGUAACUAGGUCACCUGCUACUUUAAAUUAAAAAAUGCCUUUAGCAUCUUAAGUAGAUAGCUUUUCCUGUCAACUGUGACAAGAAUUCCAAGUUCGACAGUGGCUUUUUUUUUUCUUUCUUCCUAAAUGUUAGAAAUUUUCCUUUAUGCCAAAUUAGAUAUUUUCUAAUGCAAAUCAAUUCCUGAAAGAAAGCUGUUGGGAUGGAACAGAGAGGAUCCUGCGGUUCUAGCCUGUGAGGCCGGCUCUGCCUCAGCAUCAUGAGAGUCUGACAAUGUGAUGGUUUGUAUAUGCUCAGACUAGGGAGUGGCACUAUUAGGAGGUGUGGCCUUGUU